AUGUCACGAGGAAGCAGUGCGGGAUUCGAUCGUCAUAUUACAAUUUUCUCUCCUGAAGGACGAGUAUAUCAAGUUGAGUAUGCUUUCAAGGCGAUAAACUCAACGAAUUUGACUGCCGUUGGUGUGAAAGGCGUUAACUGUGCUGUUGUGGCUGUACAGAAACGUGUACCUGAUAAGUUGAUUGUAGCGGAGUCUGUAACAAGUUUAUAUCAAUUAACACCAACGAUUGGAUGUGCAAUGGUCGGCAUGAUACGUAUGUUUUGA